UCCGCGUUUUGCCAGAGCUCUCCGCCUCCUGUCAGCAAGCUCCGUCGGCAGGCCGCCCUCUCCAGUUCCAUUGCCAUGGAGCGCCCCAUCUUUGUUCUACGCGUUUCUGUCGCUCCGCCCACUCAUCUUAUUGGGAUUUUUUCAUUGCAUCCAUUUUUGUGCAUUUAAGAAAUCUCCAAGAAUUAACAACCUGGCGGAAAGCGAGAAAGAGAGUGUGGAGGACUGAUCCGCAAAGAACAUAAACACGAGCGGACCACACUUCUUUAUUCUAAUAUGCGAACAACCCUUUUCUGUAGGAUGACAGCGAUGGGUUAGACAGGAUAUAACAUGAUUGCGAAAUAAAAGCAAUUGUGUCUAAAGAUGUCUGCUCCACUCGGGCCCCGGGGCGGGCCUGCCGCUCCUCCGGCGGCUGGCGUGCUACCGGAGCUGCCCGACCUCAGCCACCUCACCGAGGAGGAGAGGAAGAUCAUCCUCGGCGUCAUGGACCGACAGAAAAAGGAAGACGAGAAGGAACAGUCUAUGCUCAAGAAGUUACAUCAGCAGUUUGAGUCGUACAAGGACCAGGUGAAGAAGAUGGGUGACGAGGCCAAGGACCCUCAGGAGCAGAAGAGCGAAGCCCCCACCUGCGGGAUCUGCCACAAAACCAAGUUCGCUGACGGCUGUGGUCACCUCUGCUCGUAUUGCCAAACGAAAUUCUGCGCGCGGUGUGGAGGUCGGGUGGCUCUGCGCUCCAAUAAGGUUAUGUGGGUAUGCAACUUGUGCCGAAAACAACAAGAAAUCCUCACCAAGUCGGGGGCGUGGUUCUACGGUGCCGGGGACCCGCGGGGCGUGUUUGAGGGGCCCCAGGGCCGGCGGCACGAAGAGGCCCCCCAGGAGAAGAAGGCCAAACUGCAGGAUCCGUCCCUGUACCAGGGGCCCUCAGGGGACAGGUCAGGAAGGCACCCGGGGCUCCCCAGACAACACUCCCUGAACAACGGGGCCGGGGACAGGCACGGAGACUCACUCUUAGACAGGUAG